UGAUCUUUAUUGGCCUUGUACGUCCUUCUUUUCCGCUUCUAAUUCUUAAGCUCCGCUCUCCUCUUCGUAUUAAAAACCUUGUCGUUCUUCCACCUUAGAACCCUCGCUCUCUGUAAAACCCUAUCUGAAGACUUUCAUUUCUGUCGUUUUCCUUGCCGGAGGAUUUGUUGGGCUGCAACAGUGAUGUUAAUUCCUAGGCUUUUGAGAGCUGGAGCAUGGAUGGUCAAAGAGCUGUCAAAAGAAUGUCAUACAUGUGUAUCUCGAGCAGGAUGCAUACGUCAACAGUGGCAACCUUUGUUUUCAUUACAGUCAGAACCUAAGGUGUACCAAGGAUUCAUAUUUCAGAAAUAUCUGCAUUUUUCUACCACAACUGCUAACGAUGCUAGUGAUGAAGGCAGUGAACAGAAAGACAUGAUAAGUGUGACAUUUGUUGAUAAGGAUGGAGAGGAAAAGAACAUUAAGGUUCCUAUUGGAAUGUCUAUGUUAGAAGCGGCUCAUGAGAAUGAUAUAGAACUUGAAGGAGCAUGUGAAGGCUCGCUUGCAUGCUCGACAUGUCAUGUGAUUGUUAUGGAUGUAGAGCAAUACAAUAAAUUAGAAGACCCAACUGAUGAGGAAAACGACAUGUUGGAUCUGGCUUUUGGGCUUACUGAUACGUCUCGACUGGGAUGUCAAAUCAUCGCGAGGCCUGAACUUGAUGGAAUACGCUUGGCCAUUCCUGCUGCCACUCGAAACUUUGCUGUAGAUGGUUAUGUACCAAAACCACACUAAAUUUAACAACAUUCAGUAACUUAGGAUGCAAUUGUCCAAUUUUGUAGCUCCUAUACUAUUUCGGUUCAUGGGCAAUCUUUAUUAUACCUUCUCAUUCAUUUUGUACUACAUUGUGUACUGAAUAAACAGCAAAUGAGAUUAACAACAAAUAAUUCUGCUUGAAAAUCUUCAUCAUUACAAAGUUGCUAAUUCUCUUGUAUCCUGAAUGAAACAAUUUUAUUGUUAAACAUCUUUAUCAAUAUAUGCCUUCUAUACUGAUUUA